CACAUGUUACCGUUCAUCACCAAAAGCCCUCAACUCUUGAGGGUUUUUAUUUUCACUCAUCGGUGAGUGUUUUUUCACUCACUGAUGUAGUAUUCGGAUUUUUUUUUUACACCCUUAUUUUUACUUGUGAGGGCUUUUCUCCUCACUGCUGGGAGUGCUCUAAGACACAUUAUAGUUCAAACAGAAGAAAGUACUUUGUGUAUGAGUAUGUGAAUUAGCUUGUAGACUUGCACAAAACAUCGGAAAUUCUUGAUAUAAAACAAAAAAUGAUACAAGAAUUUCCUUUUUCAUAUACUUGGUGAAUAUGACAGGCCAAAAGAGCAAGUAAUCAUUUCUUUCUUUAAAUGGGAAACUCUCAAUGCUUUAGCAGUAAACAUUUACCAAUUUCCUCUCUCCUUAUUAACCAUCAUGUACUUGUAUGAACUGAAAUUCAACCAUAUAUUAUAUGAUCUUCUGCCAAAAGAUAUGCUCUCUUAAUCUCUUUAAUAUUUACUGUACUUGAUUCCAAAACUCCAUUUCUCUUUCCUUCAAUUUCUCUUUCUCUAAGCUUCUAUCUUUCUAAGCUUAGCUCUAGUAAAAAUGGCAAAAAAAUGCCAAUGGUGUAAAAUUAAGGAAGAUUACCAUUAUUGGCGUGAUUUGCCUUCAACAAAUCACCAAUUUCUUGUGAUCAUGGCCAACAAUUUCCAUCAACAACUGAAAAUUCCUCAAAAAUUCAUAGUAUGUUUCAAAGAAAAACUCUCAACAUGGUGUACUCUAAUCGGACCAAAUGAAAACACAUGGAAAGUGAUGUUUGUUGGUGAUUUGAUGAAAUUCUCUCAUGGAUGGGAGAAGUUUGUUAGUGAUCAUGGAAUAGAAGUCAAUGACAUUCUGGUGUUUCAUUAUGCUGGAGAUUCAUCGUUUAAAGUCUCUAUAUUCAACGGGGAGAAUUGUUGUGAAAAGGAAGGCUCUCACUUUGCGAGUAAUACUUCUUCUAGCUCGCAGAAUGUUACUUGUUCAAGCUCUUUGCAUUUCAAGAGGGCUGGUGACAACAAUGGUUUGGGUACGAGUACUCCUGUUGCUGCUCCUCCUCCUGCUCCUAAUCCUACUCCUGCUGCUGCUCCUGCUCCUGCUACUGCUGCUGCAGCUGUUGGCAGUUCGCAAAAACCCAUUGUGGUUGAUGAGGACGAUGAAGGAACAUAUAAUGCCAAUGAUCAAGAUCAUGACCAUGACCAUGACCACGAGUCUGAGUAUGACACUGCUACUACUAUUGAUUUAAGUGAGGAAGAUUAUCAGACUGAGUCUGAGUACCAGCCUGCUGUUUGGAGGCGGAGAACCAGGGCAAGAUUAUAUUACUCUACAACAGAAAAAACUUCUCGAACCAGAAUAUGCUACGUAUUUAAUCAGAGGGAACCUACAGAAGAAGAAAAGGAAAGAGCUGUGGAAAAGGCUACAAGAUUUAUGAACACUAAAAGAUAUACUGAGAGAGAGAACAAGAUUCCGAGCCCGCCUAUGCUUCAGAUAACCUUGCGGCCUACACAUGUUUACAGGGGAUUUAUGCUGACACUCCCAAAGAAAUGGGCAAUAGAGCAUAUGGUCCAUGGCUCUCAGGACGUGAAGCUGCAGGUCGGAGACCGAAGCUGGAUUGUUGGAUACAGAUUGACUAAGUCUCAUAAUACGGUUGUUCACUACUUCAAUCCAAACUGGAAAAGAUUUGUGCUUGACAAUAAUUUGGAGGAACACGAUUCAUGUGUGUUCGAGCUGAUUCAGAAAGGGUGCUUAUCCGUCUUUAACGUCUACAUAUUUCGUGCCAUUGAUGAAAUUGUUCCCUUGACACGGUCAAGUUUCAGACCUUAAGCUGAUUGAAGUACAAUGACAAGGAAGAUUGAACUACAAAAACAAGUACUCUGUAGUUGCUAGAUAACAAAGCUUAUUUGAACUUUUACUACUAAAUUAGAUGGUUUAAUUUGUAUAUUUUGAUGCUUAGAACUUAGAAGUUGGCCUAGAAAAUAUUUGAGUAGGAAUUAAGGUAAACCAGCAGUUUAUUGAAUGUAUUGAUCUUGUUUGUGCAUGUAUGAUAUUUAGACUUGGAGCAACACCUCUGUUAUUUGAUCCUAUUAA